UUGUCACUAUUCAUCUGGCAAUAAUGUCGAUUUUUAUAUUAUGAUAAUUACACAAAACAAGACUUGUUACAGGAAGGACAGACAUGUGGAAUGGAAUAUUGUGUGUUAUACACACAUAUGCAUUUCAUCUCUGAAAGUGCAUGCGAACUAAAACUUGAGACCAUCUCAUUCCCCUAUGAAAUAUUUCCCACAAGAUACUCAUAUAACCUCUCAACCUCAUCGAGCCUCGUAAAAAAGUAGUUUUAACUCUGUGGACAGCAAUCAAAUUUAAUUGUUUCAUCGGUUUUCGUUGCAUUUCAACCCUCGUUAAAUUAGUCUAAAUUCUUCACUGGUCGAUGUGACACGUACAAAUUUGUUCUGAUAUUCUUAUUAUUUCAGAAUGUCAUUUGUUUCGGACUGAAACUUUUUUGGCGUGGGUGAAUUUUGUCAUGUUCUCAUUCCUCGUCGUUACUUGAUAUUUCACACAGCCUAUGUAAAAGGAUAUUGCGUGACUCUUGAUUACCGAGAAAUCCCCGCACAAGUUGAGAUUAUCAAGUUUAAGAAGACUCUGAACUGACUCUAUGAUGAACGGUCACAUUUCGAGCGAAGGCGAAGUUGUCAAUGGACACAGCCACAUGAACGGCAGCGUGACAAAAGGCGAAAAACAAGAUGUUAGCAAUGGUAAAGUGGUAGGAUUUGAAAACGUGGGGGAGGAAGAUUCCACCCAAUAUUUGAAUAACUACAAGGCCCACAGGACCGGGAUCACUCAUGAGGAGAUGGUCAGCGUUUACACCGAGUGGGCAAAUCAUUAUGAUGAGGAUCUCUGCCCUGGGCGAUACAAUGGCCCCGAGAUUGCAGCAAAGUUUAUGGCAGACCAUUUUCCGUCCGAGGUUCGAAGUACUGUCAAAAUACUUGACGUUGCAGCUGGAACGGGCCGAGUCGGUCAAGAACUUUACAACGUUGGAUUUCGUCACAUUGACGCAUUGGAACCAUCCUCCGGGAUGCUGCAAGUCUUGAAAGGGAGAAACAUCUACAAGGCUACUUACGAGCAUGCCAUUGGAUUCAAGAAAGUUGACGACAUUGAGACAAACUCGUAUGAUGCUCUCGUCAUCGCAGGGGGAAUGGGUGAGGGACACAUUCCAGUGAAAGCAGUCGACGAAAUGAUUCGCAUCGUGAAGCCAGGUGGGACGAUUUUCAUUGUGAUGCGGGAGGAGUAUUUGUCAUACGUGCAAGAAUAUGUUGGGAAGUUGGAACCUUACAUGAAUAAUCUCUCUGAACAGGGGUUGUGGCGUCAGAUUGGACGAACAAUCGUUCCGGAGUAUUCUUUCAAAAAGACUGGAGUGGUGUUCAGCUAUGAAGUUUUGUCCGAUAAGUAACGGAACCUAUUACAUGCAAGACCUUGGUACAUUUAAUGUAUGUCACCAUACUUUAUUUUGAAUAUUCUAAGCCUACGUCUUGAUGGAAAAAUAAAAUUUCAAUUCUGA